UCCUCAACUGUUAACAUUUGUUGUUAUUUUUUUAAUUGUUCUCAUUUUAGGCACUCAACCACGAAUGAAUUGUUGUUGUUUUUGCUGUUAACAUUCAACUGGGGGGGCAGUCGUCAGUCGUCAGUCGUCAGCUGUUAAUUGUUUUGCGGCAGGAGAGCAAUUGAGAGCUUCGCAACCGAAAGAAGAGCGACGGAGAAAUUUUAAGACUUGCAAAAACACUGAAAAAUGCGAUUAAGACAACAAAAGACAAACUAAGCGUCAACAUACAUUUUAGUCUAGCGUGAAUUGUUGCUUUAGUUGGUUAACAGCGCUGUGUUCAACUCGCGUGGAGUACGUUCACUUCAUAGCCAAGCCAACUUAGUGAUUUUGUAUGUGUUUCAAUUUACUUUUAAACAACAAAAACAAAAAUAAAAAUAAAAAAAAAUUAGAAAGAAUCUUCUGUCUAUCUACCCUACCCUACCCCCUUGUGAAGAGAGAAGAAUAGUAGCAAAAUAAAAACAAGUUGGAUUGGAUACCGUUCAGUAAUAUAAGAAGAAGAAGAAGAAGAAUUUAUAUGAGAAUAAAAAAGGCAAAAUAAAACGUGUACCGUUGCGUUGUUGGCAAUUAUUUUACAGUAAGAAUAAAAAGCGUUUGGCAUCACGCGAUUGAAAACGAGAACGAGAACGAGUAAUAGUAGAUUUGUACGUUAAAAGCAAAAAAAAACUCGAACAAAAUUUGAAUAAAAAAAUCCUAUUAGAAAGUUUAAGUGCAAAUUAUAUAUAUAUAGAUAUUAAAAUUUGUUCAAAUAUAAUGACAACUUCAACGCUUAAACCACACAAUUCCAAAACGCCAAAAGAAAACAAUGAAGCAGAUGCGAAUUCCACCAGUUCAUUGACCGCGAUUGAGAAAACAGACUCAGAGGAUAAUUCUUGGGCGUCAGAUGGUUUCAAUUAUAUAAACCCAUUUGUUCACCGGGUGAACAUUGAUAAUCAUGUUGAUUUAGCCAAGAUUUAUGUGCUUUCGGUGCUGUUGUUACCAUUUCGUGUAGUGGGAUGUGUACUUUCGCUUGUAUCAGCAUGGAUGUUCGCCUGUAUAGGUCUCUAUGGCAUGACCUUGGAUGAUCUAAAAAUAAAACCUUUGACAGGAUGGCGAAGGCAACUGCAACGUUUAACGGCUGGCUGUAUGCGUAUGGUUUAUGCAUCGGGAUCAUUUCAUUAUAUAACAUUUAAAGGAGAAAGAGCAUCACCGAAAGAAGCACCAAUAAUGGUUGUAGCACCGCAUUCCUCAUAUGUUGAUUCUAUAAUUGUUGUUGCUACUGGACCACCUUCCAUUGUUGCCAAGCAAGAGACUUCACAAAUACCGCUUCUUGGAAAAAUAAUCAAUUAUGCUCAACCGAUAUAUGUGCAACGCGAAGAUCCCAACUCUCGUCAGAAUACUAUACGUGAAAUCGUAGAUCGAGCACGGUCAAAAGAUGAGUGGCCACAAGUUGUUAUAUUCGCUGAAGGAACAUGCACUAAUCGUACUGCUUUAAUUAAAUUCAAACCUGGUGCCUUUUAUCCUGGAGUACCAGUGCAGCCUGUUUUAUUGAAAUAUCCCAAUAAAUAUGAUACUUUUACCUGGACUUGGGAUGGACCUGGCGUGUUACGUUUGCUUUGGAUGACUAUGUCACAGUUCUACAGUCGUUGUGAAAUUGAAUUUUUGCCUGUAUAUAAUCCAACGGAAGAAGAAAAAAAUAAUGCCAACUUAUAUGCUCGGAAUGUACGUGAAGUGAUGGCAAAAGCACUUCAAGUACCGACAUCAGAAUAUUCAUUUGAAGAUGUUAUCGUUAUGAGUCGUGCCAGAGACAUGAAAAUACCUUUUCCUGGUGAUGUUGUAGAAAUUGAACAUACGCUGUAUAAAUUAGGUUUGCUUGAUUGCGAUCGCGAUGUUGAAUUAGCCUGUGAAUACCGAUCCUUUGGCAAUACAGAAAAAAUUGAUUGUUUGACAUUUUCUGAAUUAUUGCAAGUUGAUAUUUCAAAUCCACAUUUCCGCAAACUAUUUUCGCUUUUAGAUCAUCGACACAGUGGUACAGUCAGUCUCAAGAGCUUCUUACUAUGCUCAUUCUUUUGCAAAGUCAAAAAUGAUGAAAUUGUAGCAUUUUUAGAGACUAUUGUGCAGAUAUAUGCCGAAUCCAAAGAUUGUAUAAAACGCGAGGAAUUCUGCAAAAUUAUGAAACAUGCGACAAGGAUGACAGAUGAGAAAGCCAGUGCAUUAUUUAUUGCAAUAGAUCAAUCACAUACGGGUUAUAUUACCUUCGAGGACUUCACAAACUAUAGCCGUGAACUUCCAAAAUACCAAUAUAUAUAUAAAAAACAAGAGCACAUAAGAAGAACGUACAACAAUUCAAAAAUGAAGAUACAAUAAAAAAUAUAGGCAAACAGCCUAUAUUGUGUAAAACUUAGGCUCUUCUAGUAUUGUACACCAUGUCACGUCAGCAGCAGAAUGAAAUAAGAGAGCUGAAUACAUUAGGAAAACAUCUGCAUAAUAAUAAUGUAAUCUCAUGCAAAGUGUUUGGGAGCGAAUGCAAUUUUUCUUCCAAUAAACAAUUAACGAUGAUCUGACGAAUUUGAAAGUACAUCCAUAAUAACAUAGAUGUAAAACAAUUUUAAUGUAGAAAUAUGUGCUAAGCUAUUUAAAAGUUACUGUCUUGAGGAAGGGAUGUAAACAAAGUAUUAUUUAAAUCUUAAACCGAAAUGGGCCUUCCCCUAAACAACAUAUAUAUAUAUUUUGUAUUUAAAACUAUUAUUUAGUGAACUGUGUAAGGUUAAUGUUAAAAAAAAUUAACACAAAUUGUAAAUUUAACAUCUAUUUAAACAAAAAUCAAGAAUGCCUCAGCACACUAUAAUCUAAUACAGAUACCCUAAAUGACAGUCCAAAAUUAUUAACCCAUUAUGUGUACAUAUUUAAAAAUAUUUGAUUUACAUAUAUACACAUACAUAGCUUCAAAUAUGUAAUAAAUUUUGAAAUAAAAAAAUUCAAUACUUCAUUGUUUAGUGGUAAAUUUUUAUUUAAUCCAUGAGUUGAAUGCCGUUCUAUGGAACCUAUUUAUGUCUAUUUUAAAACUGAUAUUUGUAAAUAAAUACGGCUGUCUUAUAUAUAAAAAAUUUAAC